UUGGCCGGGAGGGAUAUCCUUGUCCCAUCGCGCACUAGCGACUCCUGUUUGCGGAUUGGGCGCAGUGCAGGCUGACACGUUCCAGGUGUAUGGUGUUUCCUCCUCCGGCUGGCUUCCGGGUUAAGUGGGCAUCGUGUCAAGAAGAAGCAGCGCGGUUGUGGACUGUAACUACCAAUUGGAUGAAGAGGUUAAAAAAAAUGAUAGUUACCAGCAUCUUUCAGCCUUUUCAUUCGUGACUUUUAGCUAGCAAGCUAAUUUACUUACCAGCAUGCGCGAAAAAGCACACUGUGUUUUGACCAGAUGCCAUAGUGUUAAUUUAACGGUACACUAUUUUAGAAGAAUGAACACAUCCGACAUCAGUGGCUGUUUUUUCUCUUCGGGUGGACAGGCUUCACCGAAAAUCAGGAUUAUGUAUGACUGCGUGGUCAAGCUGACGUCUGCAUUAGCCAUGCAGUAUUUAUCUCGAUAUGGACACUGCAGAAGUCACGGCAUUCAUAGUUUUUGCUCUUCGUGGAGCAGCGCAGAGCAGUUGUCAAGGAAUUUCCCAGGCAACCACAGGCAGCAGAAAUGCUGUGAUACAAAAUCAGCUUUCCCUUGGGGAUAUGCUGUGAAGCCUGUGAAGACAGACCAAAGGGGGAUUUGCUGUGAAGACAGACACAACAUACUAUGACCCUAGACAGGUGGCAGUCACUGGAUCCUUGUCCCGGAGUACCAACCGCAGAAAGAGGACCAGCUUCACCAAAGAGCACGUGGCACUUCUCCGUGUCACAUUUGAGACAGAUCCUUACCCUGGCAUCAGCCUGAGAGAGAGCCUGUCUCAGAACACAGGCCUACCUGAAUCACGGAUCCAGGUGUGGUUCCAGAACAGGAGGGCUCGGACAAUGAAGUAUAAGGGAGCUAAGGCCGUGUGGCAGUCUGACUCUGGCUUCCACUCCCCUGGUGGGUUCACCCCUGUCCAGGACACAGUUUCCCAGCACCGCACCAUGGGGACAGGGGCUACCCAGCCUGACCUGGCCCCUCUGUCCACCUCCCCUUGCCUGCCCCCUGCCUACCCCAUCCAGUUGAAGGAGGAGUUGGAUGACCUUUUCUAUGGAUGCUGCCCUUCACCCUACACUGGAGUGGAGGAGACUGGCCACUACAACUCCCUGUUCGAACUGAAGCAAGCCAGGGUGCUGGGAUACAGUGCCAGCCCACCGCUGAAUAGCCCCAGGCACCAGAUGGUUCCAGGAGCCUGGCCCCAGGCGGGUGAUCAGAUGUCCCCAGUGCAGUCCACGUGGAUCCCCUUUCCCCUGGAGGUAAGGAAAUGCAGCGCAGGCUCCAGCCAGGCCUUCCUUUACCAUAGCUCAGCUGAGCAGCAGCCCCUCUACAGCAACCCCCAGGAAGCCUAUGGAGGCCCCAUUACCCAGACCCAGGCCCCAGUCACCCCGGAUUCCGGCUGCUGGGAGGUUGGACAAGAGAACACCCCUACGAUGAAAGGCCAAGGUUCACAGUUGUAUGGCUCCUGGAGCAUGGAUAUGUCUACCCCAGAAUACCCAGAGCUCCCUGUCCUGUCCCUGCAGGAUAUCCUGAGGGAACUGGAUGAAGAGUGCUGGGAGGGAAAUAGCCUGAACAGCUACCCCAAUGAGGAUAAUCUGGUUAACUGUUGAAAACUUUUUUUGUGCAAAAACAAGAGGUUUUUACUGUAUAUCCUGUGUUGCUGGAAUGUCAACUAUGGACUACAUGUUGACAGAAAAGUUCUCAGAGAGAGAGAGAGAGAGGGGAUCAUCUUUAGGAAUUCUACAACAAUCAUAUUCAUUCUCCCUCAUGAACUUCAUCCCACUUCAUUUUACAUUAUCUAUCUAUAUAUCUAUUUAUUCAUAUUUUGUUCUCUGUACUUAAAUUCUAAAUAAAAUUUUAUUAA